AGGAAAUUGCUGUAGCUGACCAAGUGCCUUGCAAAGGACACUCCAAGGUAUAGAAACCAGUUGAAGUAGACUCAGGAAUGUUAAGUUGCCUUUAGAAGUUUCCCUCCACAUCAGGAAAACUGAAAAAAUGGGAUUUUUACAUCUCUCCAGCCAGCACUGAAAACGAAUGGGGAUUGAAUUGCUUUGCCUCUGUGUCCUACUUCUGCAAAGAAAUAACUAUGUUCAAGGGACCUGUUCUCAGGAAAGUGCAGUGACUUGUGAAGAUUGUUUGCUUUCCGGACCACACUGUGCUUGGUGUUUUCAAGAGAAUUACACAGACUCGACUGGAAUUCAUGGGAGGUGUGAUACCCCAGAAAACCUUUUGUCAAAAGGAUGCCAGUCGACUUUGAUUGAAUUUCCCAUUUCAGAAGUACAAAUACACAUAAACAAGCCUCUAACUGUAGUGACCCAGAAGAACAAUUCUGAUGUCACACAGAUUUCUCCUCAAAAAUUAACUCUCAGGCUGCGACCGGGCCAUGAAGAAACAAUACAGAUCAAGGUUCGCCAAACCGAAGAUUAUCCAAUUGAUCUCUAUUACCUCAUGGAUCUUUCGGCCUCCAUGGAUGAUGAUCUGAAUACAAUCAAAGAAUUGGGUUCAACUCUUUCUAAAGAAAUGUCAAAACUGACAAGCAACUUCAAACUGGGUUUUGGAUCUUUUGUUGAAAAACCAGUUUCACCAUUUAUCAAAACUAUAGCUGCAGAAAUAAACAAUCCUUGCAGAAGUGUACCAUAUGAGUGCUUACCCACCUUUGGAUACAAACAUGUUUUGCCACUAACAAAUGAUGCUGAAAAAUUCAAUGAAAUUGUGAAGGGACAGCAAAUCUCUGCUAAUAUAGACACUCCAGAGGGAGGAUUCGAUGCAAUUAUGCAGGCAGCUGUUUGCAAGGAAAAAAUUGGAUGGAGGAAUGAUUCUCUACAUUUGCUGGUGUUUGUGAGUGAUGCCGAUUCCCAUUUUGGGAUGGACAGUAAACUUGCAGGGAUUGUUAUUCCUAAUGAUGGCAACUGUCAUUUGGACCACAAUAAUGAAUAUUCCAUGUCAACUGUUCUGGAGUAUCCCACAAUUGGACAAUUAAUUGACAAACUUGUGCAAAACAAUGUUCUGUUAAUCUUUGCUGUAACGAAUGAGCAAGUUCACAUAUAUGAGAACUAUGCAAAGCUUAUUCCCGGAGCUACUGUUGGCCGACUACAGAAGGAUUCUGGAAAUAUUCUCCAGUUGAUCGUUGCUGCAUAUCAGGAGCUGAGGUCCGAGGUAGAACUGGAAAUCCUGGGAGAGACAGAAGGACUCAAUCUCUCUUUCACAGCCAUCUGUAACAAUGAGACCAUUUUUCCACAUCAGAGGAAAUGCUCUCGUGUGAAAGUGGGAGACACAGUCUCUUUCAACAUGACUGUAAGUCUCUCCUCUUGUGAAAAAAACAGAAGGCAUAUUGUGAUAAAACCAGUGGGGCUUAGUGACACAUUGGACAUAGAAAUUCAUCCGCAGUGCAGCUGUAACUGCCAGACAAAAGCCGAGAUGAACAGCCCAAAGUGCAACCAAGGGAAAGGAUCAUUUGAGUGUGGGGUGUGUGUCUGCAGCCCAGGAUACGUGGGGCCACACUGCGAAUGCGACGAGAGCUCUCUGGGCUCCAGCUCCUGCAAGGGCUCGGCAGGGCAAAGCUCCUGCAGCGGGAGAGGCGACUGUUAUUGCGGGCAGUGCCUGUGCCAUCCCUCCCUCUAUGGAAAGGUGUAUGGGCCGCGCUGCGAGUGCGAUGACUUCUCCUGCGUGAGACACAGAGGGCUUCAGUGUGGAGGCAAUGGUGACUGUGAUUGUGGGGAAUGCAUGUGCCACAGUGGAUGGACUGGUGAAUACUGUAAUUGCACAACUGACACCAGCGCCUGCAUUGCUGAGGAUGGGACACUGUGCAGUGGGAGAGGUCAAUGCAUCUGUGGGUCGUGUGCUUGCACCCAUCCAGGGGCUUCAGGCCAAACGUGUGAAAAAUGCCCUCUCUGCGGUGACCCUUGCAGUUCCAGGCGGAGCUGUGUGGAAUGUCACUUGGCUUCCGAUGACAAGUCACCAGGAGAAUGCAGCGAAAAAUGCAAAUUGGUUGAUGCAACUGUCAGCACCGCAAAGGAUUAUUCAGAGGAUAAAUCCAUUACCUGCUCUUUGCAGGGGGAAAAUGAAUGUAUAACCACAUUUCUACUGGCUAUAGAUGAACAGGGAAGGACAGUCAUUCACAGCAUAGAACAGACAGAUUGCCCACAGCUUCCAAAUAUCCCAAUGAUAAUGGUGGGUGUCACCCUUGCUGUCCUUCUCAUUGGCAUUGUUUUACUUUGUAUAUGGAAAUUACUGGUGUCAGUUCAAGACCGGAAAGAGGUGGCCAAGUUUGAAGCAGAAAAAUCAAAAGUUAAAUGGCAAACGGAAACAAAUCCACUGUACAGAGGGUCAACAACCACUUUUAAAAACGUAACUUACAAGAACCAAGAAAAGCAAAAAGGUGCCAUGGCUGCAGAUUUCUAUUAGCACCUCUGACACUACAAACUGAGUUUUCCUGUCAGGAAAUCUAAAACCACUAGUUUCUUCUCAGUUGAUUAUGUGAUCUUUGUUUGCACAUUGCAGUGCUAUAAUUGUUCUGUUAGAGAAAAUAUAUCUUGUGUUGAGAAAACUGUAGGUAACAUAUUAAUGGUAAAGAUUAACAAAUUUUUUUUUAAACCAACUUUAAUAUUAAAAGCCUCCAUCUUAAAAAAAUUAGAUCACAAAUAAUUUUCAUUUUCUCAUUAAUAGAGAGGUUUUAAAAUUACCAUAUGUAAGCUUAUUUUUCUGAAAUUAGGUACAAAUUGUCCUGCGUGAAACAGGACAAGGGGUAAUGGGAUGAAGCUGGAACACAAAAAGUUCCAGUUAAACAUAAGAAAAAACUAUUUCACUGUCAGGUGAGGGAGCCCUGGCACAGGCUGCCCAGAGGGGUUGUGGAGGCUCCUUCCUUGGAGGUCUUCAAGACCUGCCUGGACAUGUUCCUGUGUGACCUGAUCUAGGUGACCCUGCUUCUGCAGGGGGUUUGGACUGGAUGAUCUCUAAAGGUCCUUUCCAAUCCCUACCAUUCUAUGAUUCGAUGAUAUACAGUGAGCUGCUUUGUUCAUACACACAAGCCCAUGUAUCUGCGUUUAGGAAUGUAUUUGCACCAGUCUGUUCUGUAGGCUGGCUUAUUUUUUUUCUUUUUUUCAUGAAUGCUGCUUAAACUUCUGAGAUUAGAGGUUCCCCAUAUCACCUGUGUGACUGAAUAGUUUUUCAUCAGAAACAAGUAGUAUUAUUGUCUGUCUUCUGUGUAUCUAAGGUAUACAGAAACAUCUCUCUAAUUCUUUUUUCUCCUGUUUCCAAUUUUCUUUGUUGUUGUUGCCGUUUGAUGUUCUUUAAGAAUCCAGUCCCUGGAGAUACCUCAGGGAAAACUAAAUCAAGCCUUUACUCAACUUUGCAGAGUUGUUUUCUGUUCCAGGCAUAGACUGGUUUGGGUUUUUUUCCCUCUUUUUGCUUUAAAUUCUAGUAGAGAGGAUCCAGAGCAAAAGAGAAAUAUCUGUAAGUUAGAGACCUCAGCAGAGUAACUUUAAACCAGAGGAUUACCAGAACUCUAUUUCACCAUUUACAUCUUGUUUAGGCACUCAAAAUAAAUGUCACAUGCUGGACCAUGACAUGAACUGUUGCAGGAAUCCUUUAUGUACAGGAAAAGUUCACACACACAGACUUAAUAUCACACAGUACUCUUUAGCUGAUAUAUCCAAAAUUGCAAGGUUCUUUCAAUGCCCAGCAGCCAAACCCUUCAUUCAUAUGUAAAAUAAUGUAUUCAUCUCUUUUGGGCUGGAUUUUUGUGAGGGUUUUUUUUCAGGCUACACAACAAAUAGGUCUAUGAAUUCCACUUCAUAUUCAUGUUCGUAACAUUAAUGAGGAGUGUUAGAUCUCAGUUUUAGCUAGUUACUAAUGACAUCACAAAUCCUUAUGUUGUAAUGCUGUUAUCAUGCAUGGCACUGGGAAAAAAAAUAAAGCCCCAAAAAAAUCAACUAAUAUGUUAGCAUAAACAACAUUGGGCUAUUGUAAGCUAAUGAUAAUGUACAUUACUUCUUCGUAUCUCUUUUCCUCUGCAAUUUUUAGUACUCUGGAACAGAUGGUCAAAAUGUACAUAGGAAUGUACUUACAAAAGAACACUUGCAACUCAAAGACACAUUGACACAGUCACACGCAAAUAAUGACCUACAUUCCCUAUGCUAAAUCAUUUAUUUGAUCUAAACAACUCUAUUUCCAUUUUGUAAUAAAUAUUUACAAAGCCUGUGCAACUUCAGUCUCUAUAUCCUCUACAAUUCCUGGGUGUGAGACUGAUAUAUUAGCUAGCUCUGACCCAUGCCUGUUUUAGGGCCUGAUCCAAAGCCUACUGGAGUCAAUGGCUACAGAUGAGGAUCUAGUUUCAGUGAAACUAUUUGUUUUGGUUUACAAAAAUUGUUUUGUUUAAACAAGCUGGUUAAUACUAUCUAUUAGUGGAUUGGAUCCUAGAGUAUAUAUUUCUGUGCAAAGAGAAAUAAAGAGUAUCGGAUGCCUUUUGAAAGGUCAUGCUAUAACCACAUAUUAAACACAAAAUUAUUGCAGGGUGAAGGAAAUUGUGGCUGUCAUUAAACUGGAAGAGAUUAAUUACAGGUCCACAUCCGUUUUCUUCAGUAUUCCUGCAUAUCUCGUAGUGGAAACUAUGCCAUAGACGAAGGCUUGCAUUUGCAGCCCUUCCAACCACUAGACUCCCACAAAUGUCAGUGCAAGUUACAGAUUGUACCAAAGUCUCUUUCCCUGGCACAUGGAUAAACUCACAGGAGGCAAAGCUUUCCCCUGGCUUCUAUCUCAGAUUCCAUUUGGGUUGGGAUUGCCUAAGGGACUAGGGAAAUCUGGAUUUAGCCUAUGCAAAUUAUCUGUUACUCUUUUGUUUUUCACGUAGAAGUCAUCAAAUAACAAACUUUCUCUGAAAGUAUUUUUAUUACUUUUAAAGUAAUCAAAAUCUAUGCUGUUUAUUAAAUACUUUUAAAAUUCUAUUUCU